AUGAACAAACACUUCUUGUUGGUCUUCUUCCUCCUCAGCUGCAUUGAGGUACAGACACUACUGAAGUGCAUCACGUGCCACCUUCGCAUAAAGUCGGAUCGCUGUAGAAGAGGCUUUGGCAUCUGUGUCGCUCAGAAGAGUGAGGCUUGCAUGACCUUAAAGAUCUACGCGGACCAGUCCUUCCAGUUAUCAUAUAUGGUGUGUCAGAAGUUCUGCAGAGACUUGACGUUUGAUUUCAACAAUCGGACUUAUGUUCAUGAAUGCUGCAACUACGAUUAUUGUAACUAUAAGUUCUGA